UGAAGUCGCACACGUGGGAGAUAUGGCUGCCGAGUGAAGUCUGUCUGUGGAUUGUAUUCUGCCUUUAGAACCUGGAACCACGAUAGAAGUCUUGAAACACUAGAAUGAAAAAAUGGUUUUAAAGAAGAAGAAGAAAGAGGAAUUUAAAGCUGGGUCAUUUGUUCUGGAAGAUGGAACGUUUGAAAAACUUCAAGAUACUGAAGGAGGCCCAGUGGGUAAGGAGAUAAUGGCAAUCUUACAGGAAUGUGCCCAAAAGAGAGAUGGAAUAUUCCAGAUCCAACUGAUAAAGAAGAUUGGUCCCCUUUUCAGGAAACUCCAAGGGCAUGUGAUGGAGGCUGAGGCAAAUACACCUUUACUCCAUGACCUCCUGCAGAUUUUAAUAGCACUUUACUUUUCAGUUGACUCCAAAAACCCACAAAAGAAAGCUUUGAUGAGUGUGCUUCUCAGCAUUCCAGAUGCACUACAGCCCAUAGCUGUUAGGUUUAUGGUCCAGUGUCUCAAGGAGCAGUUGCAGUCUGAGAGCCCAGCAUUUUAUAGACCAGUAACUGAUGCUAUAGCAGCCUGCACAGAGAACAGCUUUAAUCUUGGGCACAUGUGUAUUCAGGCGAUGCUAUUGGAAGUCUUCCAGUUUCUUCAGAAAGCACUGUCUCAGUACCAACUCCAGAACAGAACCCUUAGAGGAAAUCACAUUGCACAGGCCCAUCUGAUGCAGGAUUGCCUGGCAGCAGUGAAGACGGCAAUGGUAGUGACACAGAAACAGCAAGAACCUAUCCAUGAAAUGCUGCACAGCCAGGCAAACUCUCCUCUCUGGGACGUAAUGAGUGGCCUCCUCCAAAGUUUUUCAGAGGUGUUAUGUGAUGAUGACUUCUUACAGACAGUUCAGAGUACAGCUGGAAUGGCAGUCGUCCUCUUCAUGAAAACUAUGCUGAAGAACAAAGAAAAUCUUGCAGAAUUGGUUGGUAAAUUAUUGAAUGGAACAUGGAGUGAGGAGUCUUACAUUCCUUUGAGGCUUUCCAGUAGCUGUGCCCAGUUGUUUGAACUUGAUCGUUCUGAAACUGUGGCUCUGUUCUUGUGCCAUGGCGCAUUGGCAAUGCUGGACUGGAAGGAUAAAGUCCAGGGAUCCAAUGGAGAGAAACUGUUGCUGCAGAUCCCAUCAACUUUGAUAACACUAGACUCUCGACAUCAAGAGUCUAGCCUGGCUAUGUCAUUGUCACGAAUACUCAGCAUGUGGACUUCAGUUACUCUUGAUGUUCUGGAGUGCUGCUCACAACCCCUUAAGGAUACCUUGAAAGGAAGUUCACCGUUGGCAGUAAGCCUCUUGGAAUAUGUUUAUUCCCACUGGGACCAUCCUUUGGAUGGCAUACGGCAUCAAACUAAGACCAUAUUCCGGAAUAUUUUACGAAUGCACAGAACAGCCACUGGCAAACAGGACCCAAACACUGACCCUUUCUUUAUCAGCCUCACACAGAAUUUGCUGUCGUUGGAGUGGCACAUUAAAGGGAAGUAUGCCUCUCUCAGUUGCCUAGUGGAAUUCAUAGGCCCUGGCAGUCUUUUGGCUGCUGCAUCUGACAUUCCUGCACAACUUCUUGCCCAAAUAGGUGAUCAGUCCCUUGCGCCCUAUGCUAGUGACCUCCUUGAGACUAUGUUUGUCAGUCACAAAACCCAGCUAAGGUCAUCACAAGCUGCCUGGCUAGAACAUUGGCACAAAACCUGGGUUGAACCUCUGAUGUCUGUCCUUUGUGAAGGGCAUCUUGAUCAGACCUCCUAUAUCAUUGACUACUGCCUUCCACGGAUACUUAAGUGUAGUCCAGAAAGUUUAGCCCACAUGAUUGAACUACUUCAGGAUAGUGGCAACAAUAAAACAGGAUCCAAAAGUGAAAGGGGAACCCUGGGAGCAUUGAUGACUUGUCUAAGAGCAGCUCGAGCACAUGGUGUCUUGGAAAUAUCAGAGGACAGCUAUUGGAGUGAACUCUUACCAAUUACUCUCUUGAGACAGGCACUGGUUAACAAACAUGAUCAGGUGCGCCUUGAUGCUUUGGGUUUUCUCUGUGAAAGCCACCGCAGCACUGAGGUGCUGACCAGCACAGAAAUGGAUCUUAUUCGCCUUUUCCUGCCCAACAAUCUGAACAGCCAGGCGCCAGCAAUAAGACAACAGAUAGUGUGCCUAAUGAAAAAGCUUUUUAGCAGGAUACGAGACAGUGCCCAGCCAUUGCAGAAAAGAGCAGACCAAAAUUUGAACAAGCCAGAAGUGACAGAGUGUUUACCUGAAACAGAGACUCUUAAAAAAUAUAAGGAGUUCUUGAUUUGGGUAUGCAGCAGUCUCUUUCAUGCACUUUUCCCAGGAGCCUCCUUCCCAACCUGCUUUUGUGCCCUGCACCUACUGAAUCUGCUGGCAGACACAUUCACAUUUUUGCCUGGAGGUCUGUUUGGGCUCAGUGAGUUCCUGAUGCGUGAACAUGUGGAGGUUGUACUGGAGUGCUUAGCACAUAGCUUUGAAGAAAUCAAAAUCUUAUCAUUUGGCCUCCUCAUGAAAUUUCCCACGUCAUCACUUGACUUCAAGGAUGAUGCUCGUGUUAAAGAUCUCUUCAAAGCUGCUCUGGCUUUAAGUUCUAGCACCAAGCCUUUUGACUGUGUGACUGCAUCUUAUCUGCUGCGUCUGCUGGUGCACCACUGUGAGCUUCAGAGUGCACUCAGUGGAAAAGUAGAUAUAAAGUCAAAUGGCACUGUGUUGGAGUUGAACACUUUAUGUGUUGUGAAGCUGUUACUGUUGGACUUGACCUCUGAGGUUGCACAAGCAGAGACAUCUUUGCUGCAUGCAGCUGCCACACAGCCUCUAUAUGGUCGUGUUCAUUGUAUUGUGGCACUCCUCCAACAGCUGGAGACUAAGUCCCUUACUCUAAUCUCUGAGUGGAGAGCACUCUGUACUGACUUGAUUGCUGUGUCCUAUAAGAUGUCUGCAGUUGUAUCCCCGGUGGUGCAAAGCUCUUCUCCAGAAGGACUUAUUCCUAUGGACACAGACUCUGAGGUUUCUAGCAGCCUGCAGGAAAUCUUGAGAGAAAUCCAGCCUCGAGACACCAAUAACUUCUUUUCAGGGGCUCGGCUACUGGGUGAAGAGCAAGAAGUGGAGAGCAGCCAUUUGAAAAUUAAAGAAGGCAGAAGUCCUUCUCUUCAGGUCACUGCUCAGAUGGUCUUGGUCUGUUGUUGGAGAUCCAUGAAGGAAGUGUCCAUACUUUUGGGGAUUCUUUGCCAGCAACUUCCACUGCAGGUAUCCUCUGAAAGAGCAGAUGGUCUCCUCAGUGUCCAGCAGGUGGAAGAAAUUGGACAAUAUUUCAGACAGCAGCUCCUGCAAUCCAGGCACCGCGGUGCUUUUGAGCUGGCUUAUGUGGGAUUUGUAAAACUUACGGAUAUGCUGAGCAGGUGCCAGGUAGAGAGUCUGCGAAAAAUGCCUGAGCAAUGGCUGCAGGAUAUAUUGGAGGAGGUGACAUGUAGCGGCCCCAGCUCUAAACUCUGUGCCACACGCCGUAGUGCUGGGAUCCCUUUCUAUGUACAGGCACUCCUGUCUUCAGAACCCAAGUCGUCCACAUGCUUUCUUUUGAAGACCGCUAUGAAACAGCUGAUUGCACUAGCUCUGCCAACCAGUGCAGCACAGAAUGACUAUAGUGCUGUUCCCCAGGUCCAUGCAAUGAAUAUUCUCCGAGCUCUUUUCCGGGACACACGGCUUGGGGAAAAUAUUGUGCCAUACAUUGUGGAUGGGAUGAAAGCAGCAAUACUGGGAUUCACAUCACCUGUUUGGGCCGUGAGGAAUUCUGCGACUCUUCUAUUCAGUGCUGUAAUGACCAGGAUGUUUGGAGUAAAAAAAGGAAAAGAUGAAUCUUCCAAGAAAAAUAGGAUGACAGGCCGUGAAUUUUUCAGCAGAUACCCGGCACUAUACCCUUUUCUACUUAACUGCUUGGAGGCUGCCUCUGAAGAAAACCAAAGGCUACAUCCUAACCUUUUUCUCCUGCUGCUUAUCCUUGGCCGACUCUAUCCCUCCCCAAUGGAUGGAAGCUAUUCUACACUGAGCCUGGCACCUUUCGUUCCUCUUAUCAUCAGGUGUGGACGUUCUCCAGUAUACAGGUCCAGAGAGAUGGCUGCACGGGCUCUUGUCCCCUUUGUUACUGGUAGCCAAGCACCUUUAAUCCUCCAGCAACUGCUUCAAGAUCUUCCAGACCACCCAGGCACUGCUGUCCCCCAAAACUAUCUCCAUGGAACCCUCUUACAGAUCCUUUAUUUGUUAAGAUCUCACCUGGAGUCGAGACAAAGAAGUGAUAUAGAGAACCUACAAGUUAUCGGAGAUCUCGCCUCCCAAAUCCACUCUAAGUUCUGGCUGGCAUCAAGAGUGAACCCCUGCUAUAUUACAAGAGCGUGCUUUCUGGACAUUGUGACCUGCCUUAACAAAGCUUACAGAGCUUCUGCGUCUGAAGAGCUUAAAGAGUUGUUACAAGCAACUGUCUCUGAUUCAGAGCUCCUUGACCUCUCGUCUUGUUCAGUGGAGACUCCAGGAUGGACACAGUACUUAAUCAGCAUCACUUCGGUUGCUUUGUCCAUUAAUCCACAGACCCAGCUGAAUACACUGUUUGAACACCUUCUACAAAAUAAUGUCUAUGAGGUCCGCGCACUUGUGCUAGAUGCAUUAGUCAAAUGGAUACAAGGUUUAGAUGGCACCACUGAACACAGCUCAAUGUCUCAAGUCAAAAGCAUUGUAAGGAACAUGGCCCUUCAAGAAUUGCACCCUAUCUGCCUUGGGAAGGUGCUCAGGAUCCUCUCCUGUUUGAACAUGGAUUCUCUCCUGCCAUGGACCACAGAGUCGGGAACAAUGAGCUUUGGCGAUCUCCUGAAGUGGGCCGUUUCAUUGACAGAAUGCUCUGUACACAGUGAGGAGCUCUUCUGUGAUGCUCUCUUUUUCACCUCCAAGCUUAUUCUCUAUCUUGUACAGUGUGAUUGCAAGGACCUAAGUGAUUCCAUGCUACCUGAUGUACAAAGAUGGGUGACACUCAUGGCACAGUGCUGUGAAGAGGCACAGUCGUGUGAUGUCAAGAUGACAGCUGCAGAUAUUUUGGUUAGAGCCACAGCAUCCAUAUUGUCCAAUGUCAGGCUAACUCUGGGUCUUCAGGAGACUUUAACACUGUGGAGGAUUCUCUUCACACUUCUUCAGGAUGAAGAUCAAGAUGUAAGGGAAUGUGCUGCUGACUUUAUAGGAGAAGUGACGUCAGAGUUGACUGUUGAAAUACUGACAGAUAUUGUCCAUCCAGUUGUGGCAUUAGACAAGGGCCUAAGCCUGCUGUGUCAGCAGUUCAAGCUUUGGGACCAAACCUCUUCUGGUAUAAUCGUUUUGACAGAGUGGCUGCUGGGAGAUGCAUAUCCAAAGGAAAACACAGAGGAAGACUGCAGUUUGGUUGAUGAGGAAUACUUGUUUGAAAAAGGAGAGGUGAAUAUGUGGGCAGAGAAACUGGUUUAUAUUCGAAUGCUGUUCAAGCAUUUGUCUAAGCUUCUUGCCUCUGCUCAGCCUGUUUUGUUUGAUGAGGAGGAAGUGUCUCAGUUAUUAAAACUCGCAUCAAGCCGAGAAAGGAGUGUUAAGCAGCUCCUUAAGCAAAUGCCACCCUUUCCAAAGUUUUCCAAGACUUAUGAUUUUAAUCAGGUUCAUAUUGAAGAAGAGAGGAUAGCUAGCGCCCUGACGAUCUUGAACUUGCUGCAGUGCUCAGUUGUUGAGGACUCUCCCACACCCCCCCCCUCUCUCAGUUGACUAUAGUGACCUUGUUGCCUCCCAUUCUUCCUGUGUCUCAUAUUUCCACAAGUUAAUGAGUGACAAACAGAACUGCAACAGGCCCUUUAAAUACAGGUAUGUUUAAGAGUGCAGGUGUCACAUUGGGGUGAACUCUUCUACCCUCCUCCUCGUUUCUCUAAUAAAGAUUUUUUGUUUUUUUUA